AUGUCGCUGUGUUCCGUAGCGAUGUCGCUGUGUUCCGUAGCAAUGUCGCUGUGUUCCGUAGCAAUGUCGCUGUGUUCCGUAGCGAUGUCGCUGUGUUCCAGUCCUCAAACCGUCUUCAAACCAUCCUCAGACGUCCUCAAACCGCCCUCAAACCGUCUUCAAACCAUCCUCAAACCGUCAUCAAAGAGUCCCCAAAACUGUCCUCAAACUGUCCCCAAACUGUCCUCAAACUGUCCUCAAACUGUCCUCAAACUAUCCCCAAAGAGUCCCCAAAACUGUCCUCAAACUGUCCUCAAACUGUCCCCAAACUGUCCUCAAAGUGUCCUCAAACCGUCCUCAAAGAGUCCUCAAACCAUCCUCAAACUGUCCCCAAACUGUCCUCAAACUGUCCCCAAAGUGUCCUCAAAGAGUCCUCAAACCGUCCUCAAACUUUCCUCAAAGAGUCCUCAAACUGUCCCCAAACUAUCCUCAAAGAGUCCUCAAAGAGUCCUCAAAGAGUCCUCAAACUGUCCUCAAAGAGUCCUCAAACUGUCCCCAAAGAGUCCUCAAAGAGUCCUCAAACUGUCCCCAAACCAUCCUCAAAGAGUCCUCAAAGAGUCCUCAAAGAGUCCUCAAACUGUCCUCAAAGAGUCCUCAAACUGUCCCCAAAGAGUCCUCAAAGAGUCCUCAAACUGUCCCCAAACCAUCCUCAAAGAGUCCUCAAACUGUCCUCAACCGUCCCCAAACUAUCCUCAAAGAGUCCUCAAACUGUCCUCAAAGAGUCCUCAAACUGUCCUCAAACUGUCCUCAAACUGUCCCCAAACUGUCCUCAAAGAGUCCUCAAACUGUCCCCAAAGAGUCCUCAAAGAGUCCUCAAACUGUCCCCAAACCAUCCUCAAACUGUCCUCAAAGAGUCCUCAACCGUCCCCAAACUGUCCUCAAAGAGUCCUCAAAGAGUACUCAAACUGUCCUCAAACCGUCCUCAAACUGUCCUCAAACUGUCCCCAAAGAGUCCUCAAACGUCCUCAAACUGUCCUCAAACCGUCCUCAAACCGUCCUCAAAGAGUCCUCAAACUGUCCUCAAAGAGUCCUCAAACUGUCCUCAAACUGUCCUCAAACUGUCCCCAAAGAGUCCUCAAAGAGUCCUCAAACUGUCCCCAAACCAUCCUCAAACUGUCCUCAAAGAGUCCUCAACCGUCCCCAAACUGUCCUCAAAGAGUCCUCAAAGAGUACUCAAACUGUCCUCAAAGAGCCCUCAAACUGUCCCCAAAGAGUCCUCAAAGAGUCCUCAAACUGUCCCCAAACCAUCCUCAAACUGUCCUCAAAGAGUCCUCAACCGUCCCCAAACUGUCCUCAAAGAGUCCUCAAAGAGUACUCAAACUGUCCUCAAAGAGCCCUCAAACCGUCCUCAAACUGUCCUCAAACUGUCCUCAAACCGUCCUCAAACUGUCCUCAAACUGUCCCCAAAGAGUCCUCAAACGUCCUCAAACUGUCCUCAAACCGUCCUCAAACCGUCCUCAAAGAGUCCUCAAACUGUCCUCAAACUGUCCUCAAACCGUCCUCAAACUGUCCUCAAACUGUCCCCAAACUGUCCUCAAAGAGUCCUCAAACUGUCCCCAAAGAGUCCUCAAACUGUCCCCAAAGAGUCCUCAAACGUCCUCAAACUGUCCUCAAACCGUCCUCAAACCGUCCUCAAAGAGUCCUCAAACUGUCCUCAAAGAGUCCUCAAACUGUCCCCAAAGAGUCCUCAAACGUCCUCAAACUGUCCUCAAACCGUCCUCAAAGAGUCCUCAAACUGUCCUCAAACUGUCCUCAAACCGUCCUCAAACUGUCCUCAAACUGUCCCCAAACUGUCCUCAAAGAGUCCUCAAACUGUCCCCAAAGAGUCCUCAAAGAGUCCUCAAACUGUCCCCAAACCAUCCCCAAACUGUCCUCAAAGAGUCCUCAAAGAGUACUCAAACUGUCCUCAAAGAGCCCUCAAACCGUCCUCAAACUGUCCUCAAACUGUCCUCAAACCGUCCUCAAACUGUCCCCAAAGAGUCCUCAAACGUCCUCAAACUGUCCCCAAAGAGUCCUCAAAGAGUCCUCAAACUGUCCCCAAACCAUCCCCAAACUGUCCUCAAACUGUCCUCAAAGAGUCCUCAAACUGUCCUCAAACUGUCCCCAAAGAGUCCUCAAAGAGUCCUCAAACUGUCCCCAAACCAUCCUCAAACUGUCCUCAAAGAGUCCUCAACCGUCCCCAAACUGUCCUCAAAGAGUCCUCAAAGAGUACUCAAACUGUCCUCAAAGAGCCCUCAAACCGUCCUCAAACUGUCCUCAAACUGUCCUCAAACCGUCCUCAAACUGUCCUCAAACUGUCCCCAAAGAGUCCUCAAACGUCCUCAAAGAGUCCUCAAACUGUCCUCAAAGAGUCCUCAAAGAGUCCUCAAACUGUCCUCAAACUGUCCUCAAACCGUCCUCAAACUGUCCUCAAACUGUCCCCAAAGAGUCCUCAAACGUCCUCAAAGAGUCCUCAAACUGUCCUCAAAGAGUCCUCAAAGAGUCCUCAAACUGUCCUCAAACUGUCCUCAAACUGUCCCCAAACUGUCCUCAAAGAGUCCCCAAAGAGUCCUCAAAGAGUCCUCAAACUGUCCCCAAACCAUCCUCAAACUGUCCUCAAAGAGUCCUCAAACUGUCCUCAACCGUCCCCAAACUGUCCUCAAAGAGUCCUCAAAGAGUACUCAAACUGUCCUCAAAGAGCCCUCAAACCGUCCUCAAACUGUCCUCAAACUGUCCUCAAACCGUCCUCAAACCGUCCUCAAAGAGUCCUCAAACGUCCUCAAACUGUCCUCAAACCGUCCUCAAACUGUCCUCAAAGAGUCCUCAAACUGUCCUCAAACUGUCCCCAAACUGUCCUCAAAGAGUCCCCAAACUGUCCUCAAAGAGUCCUCAAAGAGUCCUCAAACUGUCCUCAAACCGUCCUCAAACUGUCCCCAAAGAGUCCUCAAACCGUCCUCAAACUGUCCUCAAACUGUCCUCAAACUGUCCCCAAACUGUCCUCAAACUGUUCUCAAACCGGCUGCAAGAAAGGUUGAAAAUGCAAAGAGUCUGCUGUGA